UGUUGUUAGCGGUUGUGUUUGGUAGUUACGCCUUUAGCUUUGCACUAUGGAUCUCCCCGAACCCAUAAGAAGGCGUUUGGGGGAUUUUUCACGAACUGUUUUCGUGAAUCAGGAUCGUUCACAACUUUCUCCCGAGGAUCAUAUGACAUUUCUGAAUCACAGUACAGAUGUUGUAUCCAGUCUGCCUCUUCAGAUGGCUCUCUUCUUCAACAUGUGCUUCUUUCCUCUGUGGUGGAUUAGUGAAGUCGUAAUGCUGCAACUCAAAUAUCCUGCACUCCCUGAUUACUACAAAUUCAUCCUCAUUACUGUUCUAAUUUUGAUGACUCUCAUCGAGGCUAUCAGGCUCUAUCUGGGCUAUGCAGGUAACCUGCAAGAAAAGGUCCCUGAACUGGCUGGCUUUUGGCUCCUCAGCCUCCUUCUGCAGUUCCCUUUGAUUCUGUUCCAGCUCUUCAAUGAAGCUAUACUCAUUCAGCCUUUGGAAAGAGGAGUUCAUAUAGUUCUGGCCUUGUUCAUUUUAACUGAGGCUCUGUCUGGCUUUGUUGCACUACGUGCAAUGGUCAGACACACUGAAAGCCGCUUCCACCUCAGCCAGUUUAAUGGUAUUCAAGAACUCAGAUCAUGACAGCUCUGCCAUUGAUGAACUGCAUAUCUUUGCAAAUAAUAUACAUAAAAAGACUACAGUGAUCACUUUUAUACCAGAUGAAACCUGGCAUUUCAGUUCCAUGUCCACAUGUACAAAUGACAAACAGAUUUUAAGCGUUCAUCUGCACUACUUUUGUGGAUUCUGUUUUUCUAAAUCAAUUUAUGACAUCAGCAGAUCACAGUUGUCAAAGUAUUUUAUGGUGUUUUUGUUUUUUAAAUUCUGUAUUAAAAAAAAAUAAUAAUAAAA